AGUCAGUUUGUCCACAUUGAGAACAAUGACCUCCAGCAGGUGGGAGAUGUGACGCGCGGCUCCAGACGGACCGUCUACCAGCUUACUGACUCUUUAUGACGGAAAGUGGCAUCAAAGUCCUGGUGAGACCACGUCAGGUCAGCAGUUUCCUGGACGAUCUGCUGAUCCAGGAAGAACUGCUGGAACCGGUGGAGCCCAUCUACAUCAAUGGGGAGACCCAGGUUGCUAAGAGACGGGGAACCGACCUCCCUGUGGCCGUGGAGAUUCAGAAGCUUCGUCUGUACUGUGACCCUCAUCAGAGCGAGAGAGAAACGGCGUGUGAGAUCUACUCUGUGGACGAUGAAAGGUGUCCUCUGAAUCGAGCAGCCACCGCGGACGAAGAAGACUGGACCACAAGGGGAGCGUGGGGCGCCCGGUCCCAUGUAUGGGCACUAACUGCCCAACACGGCCGUCAGAGACGGAGCUCCCUAGAACUGUGCAGCAAGAAAUGA